AUGGCUGGCAUCACAACCUCGAGACCCCGAAGCUUUAUUGGAUACGGGGACAACCCUCCAAAGUUUACAUGGCCUGGAGGAAAGAAAGUUGCCAUCAAUUUUGCAAUUAACUAUGAAGAAGGGACAGAGCGAAAUCCUCUUAUUGGGGAUUCUUCGCGUGAUUCCAGGUCGUGGGUGAAAUGUGCUCUCCCCGACACUGAGCGCGACUUCAUGCAAGAAGGUGAAUACGAGUAUGGCACUCGAAUCGGAAUUUGGCGCCUGCUACGCCUCUUCAAAGAGUUCCAAGUUCCAUUCAGCGUCUUUGUAUCUUCUGAGGCCUUGUUAGUUAACCCGGAAUUUGCCGAGAGGUUGAAGACCGAAAACUGCGACAUGGUCUCACAUGGCACCCGCUCUAUAAGUCGUAUUGGACAGACAGAGGAGACAGAGAGAGAGCAUCUCCGAACAUCCAUUGACCAAACCUUUCAGCUCACGGGAAAGAAGAUUCUUGGCGCUUUCCCCAGGCCGCCUAUUACGGAAAAUUCCCGCCGUAUCAUGGCUGAAGAAGGCUUACUCUAUGAUUCGGCCACUACCAAUGACGACCGUCCGUACUUUGACCAAGUUUGCGGCAGGCCGAUGCUUGUGCUUCCUUAUGCUCUUGACACCAACGACGCACGCUUCUGGGGCGGGCAGUCCGGGCCCGGCUUUACUGGGUCCACGGACUUUUUCGAAUACCUCAAAGACGCCUUUGACGUUCUCUAUCUUCGCACCACCUGA